CGUCUGCAAACAUAGAUGCCCUCUGGCGAGUGUCUGUAGAUUUAUUGAUUUUUGGAUCUGAAGUGUGUGUACUAGGCAGAGCAUUUUUGACAUCUGAUAAAAAGUUGUGUUCGUGGACGUAUUACGAUAUAAAAUGGAAGAACAAGUAACAGAUCAAGAAGAGAAAAAGAAAGAGGAGACAAGUACAAUAGCUCGGGAAUUCAGUCGAGAUGCUCCUCCAAUAUUGCACCUUCUCGUCGUUGGAUUUCAUCACAAAAAAGGGUGUCAAGUUGAGUAUUCAUACCCUCCUCUUUGCCCUAACUCUCCUUCCGAAUCUCAUGAAUGUCCGGAAAUGUGGAAAAAUUUGCCUUCCUUGGCGAUGCCAGAUGGCUCACAUAAUUUUGUUGAGGAUACCGUCUAUUUCCACCUCCCAUCAAUGGCACAUCCAGGCAAAACAGUUUAUGGUGUUUCCUCUUAUCGCCAAAUUGAGGCAAAGAUGCUCUCUAAAAAAACUGCCGACAUAACCAGAAGCACUGUCCAGAAAGCUGUAUGUGUUCUUUCGAACCUUCCUUUAUAUGGUCAUAUCCAAGUAAAAAUGGGAUUGAUCACUGAAGCUUAUUUCCGUGAGGGGGAUUUUACUCAGUUCAUGUUGCUCCAUGAUGCUUACAACAAUCUCAACAUGUGUCUAAACCCGGACUUGUUAAAUUCUACUCAGGCUAUCAUUGGGCUACCACUACGUGAGAUGCUAGAGAGAUUCGGUCACAAAGUAGUCCAACUAUUUAAGCUGAUUCUACUGCAAAAGCGAGUUCUCUUUUUUCAUUCACCAGUCCGACCUUUGUCUACAUCUAUUCUGGCGAUGCUUGCACUUUUCCCUGGAGUGGUCGAAUCGGGUCUGGAUAAUUGCACCGCCUUAGCUAGUCAGCCGGAAUUAAUCAUCGCCGAGACGUUGGAAAUUCCCAAACAAUUCAUUCCUCCACCAGAUGAGGAACCCGCCGGUAUUUUCUCACCUCAAAAUCAGUCUAGUGUGUAUAACGGACUGACAGAAAAACUAUCUUCUUGGAAAGAUAAAUUAGCUGGAAGUACUAAAUCCGCAGAUACUCCCACGGUUGACGCUACUGAUGAUAGCAAAGUAAGCCGGGAAAGUAGCUUUGAAGAUCUUCGAGCCCCCACUGCUCAAGAAAUGGAAAACGAGAAAUCAGGACGCAUUUCUCCCUCUAUCGUCGCCGGCCUGCCUAAUGAAGACUGUGGAUUGCCUCUUCAACUCUUUGGAAAUGGUUAUUUGUGUCAUCCGUAUCUGUCACUUUCAUAUUUAGACCUCUUGAGCGAGCCUAACAUCCGCGGUUACAUUGUUGGCGCUACUAAUGUGCUAUUCAAGCAGAAAAAAACUCUUUUUGAUGCCAUCAUCGAGUUGGAGACUGGCCGCAUCGACAUCACCGAUCCGGAACUACGUCGUCAACUUGAGUUGACUAAAGAAGACAUGCGAUUUGCAGAUCACAUAGUCCGUCUCGUUGUCCAGGAUCGAACCAGCAAUACCUUUUUGGACGGCGUUGGAUGGGAAGGUGGCGACGAGUGGCUGCGGGCUGAGUUUAAGACUUAUCUUCUUUUUAUGCUGAGAACAUCCUUGAUGGACGAUGGAUGCAAGUAUUUGGAUGAAUUCAAUCCCGCUUUUAUCCAAGCAUGGAAAGCCACGAGUAACUACGCGAAAUGGCUCGAAACUCCACAUCCUGCUGUCUUGGAACUCCAUCCUGGUCAUAUGUUCUCCGGCCAGCUAUCAAUAUCGGAUGUCAAGCUUAAAAUAUCUCAAAUCACUCAAACGAUGCAGAAUACGGAAAAGGGGCGGAAGAUAUCCAAUGCGGCCGCUAGCACAAGUCGAGCAGUAGCCAACACCAGUAAAGUUGUUGGAGGGGCUAUUUCGCAAGCUAAAGGAGCGUUUUCAAGCUGGUGGAGUACAUUUCAUCAACAACCGACCGAAGCAACUGAAGAAGCUGAGGAAGCAUUAGGACCGAAUGGAAUGCGAAUGUCCGACAUUGAUCUGACUGAGUGAUUGCAACAAGGACAAAAAUUAGCGAAAACGAGUAGAUAAUAAUCGUGGUUUCGUAAUUUUCGUAACAAAUGCAAUCAUAGGUUGUAUGCGCAAGGCGUGCUAGUCAAAUUUUUCAUCGACAUCGAGAAAAGUCGAAGUCGCUUGUUUGUUUUGUUUUUCUCUUCUUUGGGAUCUUAUUAUUUGUCGUUCAACUCGUUCACUUGUUUGGUUUGCGUUCCAUAAUUUGCAUGCGUAUAUACUCAGCUUGCAGUCACAAUUAAUUAUGUGUUUUGUUUUUCACUAGUUGGGUGAAAGUGAGUCCCUUUUUUCCCAAUUCAACAUUCCAGUUCCAAGUUUAUCUCAUUUUUUGCGACGUGAUUGGAAAGCUUUCAGAGAAAUUCGACUCUAUUGGAUUCAUGUUGGCGAUGACAGUCAAGCUUCCGAUUUUCUCUCGCGAUCUAAAUGAGGAGAUGAAAAUUUCAGUCAAUGUUUUGAGUACUGUAGAUAUAAAAGCACACUUGGCAUUUGUUAAUCCAGUAGUCCUUGGAUGAAAUAUGUACGGUAACUCGGUGGGUAUUUAAUAAACGGAGCAUAAGCGAAA